AGGGAAUUGAAUGGCUGGUUUGAGUUAGGCUAUGCUUGAAGCUGCCAAAACAGCACCUUCACCUUGCCCUCUUGCAUGUUGCCAUGUGCCACCUUCUGACUGAUACCUUCUGACUGAUUCGGAGGCACGUGGGGCCAACACUUGGGACCACAACAGCAGCAAAUGUAGGACCACCCACCCAUACCAAGGGAGACAAAAGACUCAAGUGUGUUAGUGUUGCCUUAAAUGCCUAACAAUUACAACCAUUCAUUUGCUUGAUGGUUCACAUGUUGUGGUAUUCCAGUGUGCAUUGGUUGUCAAACUUAUGACAAGGGACCACCUUUUUGGCUCAUGUUUUGUUGACAAGGCCGAUCUCAAUCAGGUAACCUAACAUCACACAAUUGAGUUAAUGCCUGUAGUGACACUAAAUAUAUUUCAAUAGAUGAUGCCACAUAUGAAUCCUACAUGAAUUUAUAAGAGACUUACUGCACCCAUAUCAUAUGCCAAACAAUUUAUGGUAUCACCAGCAAAAUGAAAGAAUUCCUCUUUUUGAUCUAUACAAGGAAAAUGACAAAUAUAUAUAUAUAUAUAUAUAUAUAUAUAUAUAUAUAUAUCAAUUUUCCAUGAAUUUCCCAUUUUUCACAAUGAAGCAUGGCGGCCCAUAAAGUUGGUAAGAACAAAGAAAGUUGUAAGAAAAAAUGACAUCAUUUAAAUUUUCUCUCCAUGAACUGACUGAUCAAUGUAAAAUAAUCAUGGAAACUAACUCAUAAUAAGGACUAUCACAAUGAUAACAUGUACUGUAAGUUCAAAUAGAACCAUGCACAACUGUCAUUUGAGUUUAAACAUAUAUGAUUUUUUUGCUUUGAUCGACAAUGAGAAUAAACUAAUGGCCAUUAUGCUUUUCAUAUAGCAGUCAUUAGCUUAUUUCUGCUUUGUAUACAUAGUUAUCUUUGUAUACAUAUUUAUAUGUGUAUAGGUACAAAUACAAAAUGGCUGCCAUCAUAGAAACAGCGGUUGUUACAUUAAGCAAUCAUAAAAACUAAGUGCACCUGUUCUAAUUGAUAUAAACUUCACUAUUUUCUUAUGUGGGUCAGCUGCUAAGAACUUUCAAAAAGCUAAUGAUCGCACUCUCACUACCAAUACCAAAGAGACCAAAACAAGGAUUCUUAACCUCAUCAAACAUGGAAAAGUAUAAGAAAUCCUAGAAUGAUUUCUAUUAUUUAUAGCAAUACAUCAGGACAUGUAACCUGCUCUGUACUGUACGCCUCUGACCCAGGAAAGUGCCAUGAUGGUUCGCUAGUUUCACCUUAGCAGAGCCGAGACCUACAGAUGUGACCCACACUCCUUACAUUUUAAGAAUCCUGGAGAGAGUGAGAGAGAUGGGAAGGAACUCCAAUUCCAAGCAUAGCAACAGGAUCAUGGUGGUGGAAGAGCCCAUUUUACAACAUCCUCAACUCUCUGGUGCCUACAUCCGUAGUCUUGUCAAGCAGUUAAGGUCUUCAACAAACAAAGAUCCCAUGAAAUCAAAGUCUAGAGAUGGAGCAAGUGCAGGUAAAUUUUCCCAACACUCUGCUAAUGAUAGCGAAAGUCUUGGUGAAACUCAACAACAACAAUCACCACGUCCAAUGAAACCUUUGCUACCGAAGAAACAAGUGAGAAGAAGACUCCAUACGAGUAAGCCUUAUCAAGAAAGAUUACUUAAUAUGGCAGAGGCUCGGAGAGAGAUUGUAACUGCACUUAGACUUCAUCGAGCUACCAUGAAACAAGCAGAAGAGCAAGAACAACUGCAGCAACAUGAGCGACAACAGAAAAAUCAACCACCUUCUCCAACCCUGGAACUAUCCCCAGCAGUGUUACAAGAUCUAAAGCAGGAGCUGAAUGAUUGUAGGAGCAACUCUAGAAGGUAUCCACCUAACAACACCUUUCCUAACUAUGCUGAGAGCACCAAUUUGUCACCCCUUGCUUAUUCUUAUUUCUCUUGGAUUUAUCCACCAAUUACACCACUGUCUGUCUCCGAUAACCUCAACAUCCCUUUCCCUGACCAAUCAUUAGGCUUAAAUCUCAACUUUCAAAACUUCAACAACAAUGACAAUUUGUUUUGCAACAACCUCGACAUGAAAUCACCCAUCCAGCCAUCAUCACUACCAACUCCGUCUUGUUCAAAUUAUCUUACCAGUAUCAUGUCAAACACCAAAGUACCAUUUAUCUCUAAGGCAUACUGUCAGGCCUCUGGGGUUGCAUUGGACCCAACCUCAGCAUCAUUGCAUCCAAGGAUGGAUGAUGAUGAGAUCGCAGAGAUCCGUUCGAUCGGAGAACAACAUAACAUGGAGUGGAAUGACAUGAUGAAUUUGAUGACAUCAGCAUGGUGGAGUAUGUUCCUCAAAAACAUGGAGGGUGACCUAUGUGAGAGCGAAGAAGUAGCUGACGAGGGGUUUCAUAUGUUUGAUGAGGUUUUUAAUUUGCCAUAUUGGUUGCAUAGUGAAGGGGAUGCUCCGCAGUCUUGCCUCUUCCAACAACAUAUGAAUAGCUACUACAAUGAAGAGGACUACUUGUAUGAUGCUGCCUUGCCAUGCUUUGACAUUGGAGAAAUUUAUGGUCAGGAUGGAGAUCGGGUUUAGGAUUCAGGAUUCAGCAUUCAGCGAGACUUAUCAUUUUUAAUAAAGAAUAAUUCAUCAUAAAUAUAAUAUUCUUCUCUUCCAUCUUUUGUAUUCCAAUAAAAAGCAUGCCAAAAUGUAAUGGCGAAAGGGAAAAUUAAAUACUUUGACUUGUCA